AAGCGAAAGCAAAUUGUAUGCCAGUUCCAAUCCAGAUCUGUAACCCAAGGACUGUAAACCCUGGGCCUAUAUAUGUGUGUCUAUUCCUUUAAGGGAGUAUGCUCCUCGUAUGCAGACAGGAAUCGCUGCUCAGAUACUACCGGGUUACAGGAGCCGCCAGCCGUGUGUGCAAAGGGCAAAAGUUGAAGAUAAAGCAGAUAGACAGAAUCUGAUUUCGAAUACAACUGACUGAAAGAGAGGUCGGGCGUGACGCUAGAGACCGCUCUGUGCUUCCCCAAAUUUGCACAGUGUCACAAACAAGCCCAAAAAUAGCGGGCGUUGACACGGAAGAUUGGACAUUGUGGCUAGUAACUAGCUAGCUGCUGGUCUUGUGUGCAGUCAAAUGCAAAACAAAGAUUAGUUCCAGACACAAAAAUAAGGUAAAAAAAAAUGCAUACGUUCGAAGAGAGCGUGACAUGCACAGAAUGCUCCUGAAAUGCAGCAAUGGGUACGAAUGCAACACAAAUUUAGCGAUGUGUGCGUCUUUCGAUGCAUCUCUGAACAUUCGAUGCAUACGGAUUAUUGCUUAAAAUGAAAAUAGUACUUGAAACCCAAUCGUGUGAUAAAUUGAAAACGCACUCUUAGGAGCAACAACGUAGCUACAACUUCAGGCGGACUUUUGAACAUUGUUAUCUAUAGCAUCCGGGAAGGUUACUGUUAAUUGAAGACACACACCCACUACGUACAAACAGUUAACCUGGCAGGAAUAAUGACUUUAUUGCCCCGUGUCCUAGGCUUUCUAAAGCUAGAAAGUCCCUCGAUUUCUGCUAACGUUAGAUGUUUUGCUCAUCUAUCUACCGCCGACGUACUAGCGAAAAUGAAUGACAGUACAAGUAAACGGCUGCGCGUUCUGGUGGACAUGGACGGAGUGCUUGCCGAUUUUGAAGGAGGAUUCUUGAAAAAAUACCGAGCCAAGUACCCCAACGAACCAUACAUUAACCUGGAGGACAGAAGAGGAUUCUGGGUCUCGACUCAGUACGGACAGCUACGUAGUGAUCUCUGCGCGAAGGCCAUCAGCAUUUGGGAGUCAAAGAACUUCUUUUUAGAGCUGGACCCCAUACCGGGAGGUGUGGAGGCCGUCAAGGAGAUGUCUAAAAUGGAAAAUACGGACGUCUUUAUUUGCACCAGUCCAAUAAAACAUUACAGCCACUGUCCGUAUGAGAAGUACGCCUGGAUAGAGAAGCACUUUGGCCAUGAGUUCCUGGAGCAGAUCAUUCUCACCAGAGACAAGACUGUGGUGUCUGGUGACAUACUGAUAGAUGACAAACCAGACAUCCUUGGGGUGGAGCCCAAGCCGAGCUGGGAGCACGUGCUCUUCCUGGCCUGCCACAACAAGCACCUGCUCCCCAGUGCCGGCCACCGGAGCCUGCUGUCCUGGCACCACGACUGGAGGGGCCUCCUGGAGAGCAAACGCCAAUGAGGACCCCCCCCCCGCCCGCCCACCCCUUUCCUGUCCCCCAUCGACCAAUCACAGGACGGACUCCCAGGCUGGAGCCCCGUCCAAUCCAUGACCCCCCCCCCCCGUCCACUGACAACACACGUCCACAAUGUCUCUCCAGUUUCAUAUGGUUGUGGAUUCUACACUCCCCCCCUCCCCUCCUUCCGACCAUACCCAUCCCAGGUCACCUGUGUUUGCAGAUUGAGUUCAGAGUUAUGGCGUGGAGGCCUGAAGAACAACCCCCCCCCCCCCCCCCCCCGCCCCAACUCCCCACUCACAACCCUUCAUUAGGUGACAUCACCUGAGCAUCACACCAAAACACUCCUGCCUGCUUGCCGAGGUGACGUACUCACACUCAGACACAAUCAACCAACAUGACCUCUGUCUCGGGCAUUAAAAAAACCAGCGGCUUUUCCCGAUUGCUAAUUCCUGGGGUCUACCCAGAAUUCAGCGGGUAGCUGUCGCGCAGGUCAAAAAUCGAUCCGACCAAAAACUGAGCACCCCCCUUUCCCUGACGAGCUUUGUGAAGAGGUCUGUAGGUGUUGUAUAUCACUGAAUUAAUCUCUUUAGAUAGAGUCCGUGGUGGAGCUCAGUUUGGGGUUCUGAGGAAACGAUGAAGCCCGGCAGGUGGGCGGAGCUCUUUGGUCUUUCAUCGGGUCGUCAUGUAGGGAAAUUUUCGGGAGUGGUUUUAUCUCGGGCUUUGCGUCCCUUGCCCAUCUCCUGAGCAGUGAAGUGUGUGACCUCACACCCAGAGGAAGGUGAAAUUAUCCCUUUUUAGGUUUAGAUUUUAGUACAUUUUUACAUUAUCUCACCCUAUAGAUAUUUUUUAAAUUGCAUUAAUUAUACACGAGGUGUCCGAUUCCAGCCCAGUCUGCUGGUUUUUGGCGCUUUUCAGCACUUGGUCGUUGAUUCGCUAAAGAGUCCGCACCUCGUUUCCAAGUCCUGAACCGGCUCCUGAUGGCACCAGUGAUCGGUAUUUCACUCUGUGAAGCUGAAUGCCAUACAACAAUAUUUUAAUCAUAAUCCUAAUCCUAAACUUAAUUGAAUUCCUCCAAAGGGGUUUGUGGGGUAAGCCCACUAAAAGGCACAUUAUGCAGGAUUUUUUUAAAGCCCGUCUUUGCAAUCAAAUAAGUCUCCUCCGUUUUCGACCUGACACGCGAAUUCAUUACACACUAACAGUAAAUUUAUCCCAUCAAUUACUCCGACCGACAUUACAUUGUCCGGUCAAGGCCACAAACCCGACCUGUACAAAUAAUUUGAAAACGGGACAUUCCGGUGAAAAAAAACGGUUGUCUGGCAAAGCGUAGCUGGUUAGCUAAUGUUACUUAACGGUCCGACAGAAAACAAGCCAACGCCACAUGACUGUUUAUCCCCUUGGCGAACUUCAGCUGACGCCACCGAGGAAAAGCAAUUCCCAAGGUUUAUUCUAUAUUGAACAAGCCCUGUCGGCUUGUCUUUUUGGUUUUCUGUGUCUGGGCCGUUGCAGCAGCUAGCUAUAGCGACAAACCGCAGAUCAAAUGCAGCCACACCCUCCUCACACAGAAAAGAGUGCCAUGCCCAGAAAGAACCCUAACACAUUUUAGAUUAAUAAAUACAGGUAAACCUGCACGAAUUUGGCAAAAGUGCAUAAAGACUUUGCAUGCCAGUGCAUCAUAGAUAUACCUUAGCAAGGUUUUUUUUGUUGUUAUUUUCAAGGUUAAAAUCCUGCAUAGCAGGCCUUUAACAGACUGAAAUCUAAAAGCGAUAGUUAGCUAGCGUAAAUUCAAAUUAGUUCCAGUGAGGAUGCUGCCUCUUAUCAAUGGAGACAUCGGUCAUUUCUGACCACUAGGGGGCGCCAAUUGUCUGUGCUUAUAAACUUUUUUUGGCAUAGAAGUAUGUAAAAUAAGGCCCAUACCAUACAAAAUAGAUAUGCAAAACAAGAGUUUUGUUUUGUUCAUUUUAAUGUUUUUCGUGUUGUUUUUGUGUUUGCAAAAGAUGAAUGGUUUGGUUUUUUUGUUAGUUUCUUUUCCUUUAAAAAACGUUUCAUAAAUAUGCCAUUAAGAACUUGGCUGCUGUUAUAGAACUUUUCAUACUGAAUAUAUGAACUCUUCAGCGAGUUCACCAGGGAAAACCACAGCAACACACUUCUACUCUCACACUUGUUGUGUCAUUGUUGUGCCAAUAUGCCUUGGGAGAAAAAAUGUUCUAUUUGGUAUUUUAUUUUAUUUUAUUUUUAUUUUAUUUUAUAGUUUUAGAUUUUUUUCUAGUAUUUCAAACUUUUAAAAAUAUUAAUACAACAGUUGAUUUUAAACUUUUUAUACAGGUAUGGGAAACUGCAUAGUGCAUCAAUGCAGAGGUUUUUGUCUUAUGAGAAAAAAAAGUGAAGAACAAUAAUCGAACUAACCUCAGAAUGACCUCACAGUGCUCUCUGUCUGUAUACUUUUUAGUGUGGAACGUCUUGCUUCAAACACGCACACAUUCAUAAACGGUCUCGCACACGUGCGAACACACUCAUUUAUGUAGACGUUUGCACACUCAGAUGCACAUCGCGUGUACGUUACACUUGUCUGUCCGUCUGUCUGUGCUGUUGAGAAGGCUGGUUAGAGCAGCUUAACAUUUACUGCUAAUAGUGUUCCAGGGUUCCAAGGUUCCACUGUGGAUUCGCAGCAACAAAUAAGCUCGUGUUUGUACACAUAGGGAAGAUGUACUUGAACAUAACGUGCACCUCUACUAAAACAUAUACAUCGUACGACAUAGAAGACUGUAAGGAAUGUAUUUUUACAUGUCAAAAUAUGUAUUUUACAUGUUAAAAAUGAGAUGCAUGCACAGACUUACAAAAUGUCAAAUUUUGGUACUGGUGGUGCUACAUGCACAGUGUGCUUUAUAUUUUCUGGUUCUCUUUUGAGAACACACAUCAUCAUAUCCUGGGUUAUAGGGUGUGAACCAUCAGAAACUUUGGGUUGGGGGGUGGAGCAAGGGGGCAAGGUCACCCCAGAACUUGGAGUGGAUUCAGUCUGUCCCAUCUGUGCUAGUGAUUUGCCUCACAUUCACUAUGUAAUAAUGGUUAUAAUCAAAAACAUUAAAUAUUAUGUCAAAGAAAUUUUGUGAAUUUCUGUCAUAAUGUCACAAUAGUAAGACUGAAUUCCCGGCAUGGAUUAUGGCAAACAGCUCCAAUGUUCCUCCUUGUUGGAGGAGUCAUAUAUAUUUUGACAUAAAAUGAAAUUACAUUCUUAAUUGAAAAGUAUAUAUCCGCACGAAUAAAAAAUACCCUGCCUAGUGUGUCAGUGAUAAUUGAGUAUAAUAAAGGCAUAUUAUAAAUAUGUAUAAAUUUAAAUGUAUAUGGUGAGAACAAUGCGUGGAACAGAACUAUGGCGUGGAGGGAGAUUUUGGAGAGAUUUUGUAAAGUUUUGGGAACAGCAUCAUAAACACCCAUUCGCAUUGUCAUCAUUAAAAAAGUUCCAAAGCGUUUUUUGUCACGGAAACAUCAU